CAGCACUGACGGGAGGCGACGAUGCAGCGAGGCCCGAUACACCUGCGCCACCUUUUACUGUGGUUGCUUUUUGCACUAACCCGUGCAGAGUUGCCCAUGUGCAAAGAGUCAGAUUAUCACUUUGAGUACACAGAGUGUGACAUACUUGGGUCACGAUGGAGAGUGGCAGUUCCCAACAAAGCCAACAUAUGCACAGGCCUCCCAGAUCCAGCUAAAGGCACUCAGUGCACCUUCUCCUGUAGUGAAGGGGAGUUCCUCGACAUGCAGUCGCAGCAAUGCCAGAAGUGUGCUCUAGGUACCUACUCUUUGGGCACCGGUGUGGCCUUUGAUGAGUGGGACAGCAUGCCGUCUGGUUUUGUCACCCAAGGACUGACCACGAACGACGGGGAUGCUCCCACAGACUGCUCCAACUCAACCUGGACACCAAUGGGUGAUUACGUAACAUCCAACACAGAUGAGUGCACUGCAACGCUGUCCUACGCUGUGAGCCUGAAGACGCCUGGGACUGUGUCCUUUGAGUAUUUAUACCCUGACGACAGCCUUUACUUUGUGUUCUUUGUUCAGAAUGAACAGUGUCAGUCCACGGAAUCAAAGAGCCGGUGGAUGAAGACCACUGAGAGAAACUUCAACAAAUACAAGGUUGACCUUAACACCGGCAACAAUGUGCUGUAUUGGAGAACUGCUGCGUAUACUCUGCAGGGCAGUGCUGUCAAACCUGUGCUGUUAAGAAACAUUACCAUCUCAGGGGUGGCCUACACAUCAGAGUGUUUCCAUUGUAAACCUGGCACCCACAGUGCACAAGAGGGAUCUGCCCGCUGCAUCCCCUGCCCUGCUGAAACCUACUCUAACAAGGGUGCUGUCAUUUGCGACCAGUGUGAGCAAGGCACAUAUGCAAAGACUGGUUCAGGGAGCUGCAAACCGAGACCUGCAUGUACAAACAGUGAUUACUUCUACACUCACACUCCCUGUGACUCUGAAGGAAAGACUCAGCUUAUGUAUAAGUGGAUCAAUCCAAAGAUCUGCAAUGAAACUGUUGAAGGAGCCGUGACGCUGCCCGCAUCAGGGAAGAAGCAGACCUGUCCCCCAUGUAACCCGGGUUUCUUUGUCACCAACUCUUCUUCCUGUGAACCUUGCGACGAAGGUUUCUACUCCAACGGAACAGCCUGUAGCAAGUGCCCUGUUGGCACGGAGCCAGUGGUGGGUUACGAGUACAAAUGGUGGAACACAAUGCCGAGCAACAUGAAGAGCUCCAUCUUCCGUCGAGAGUUCGGCAACUCUGAACACAACAACACAGCAUGGGCGGUGGCUGGAGAGUAUGUCUACACCACCGCUGGGGAUGAGGACACAGACUACCUGAUGCUCAUACUCAGUGUCCCUGGAUACAGGCUGCCUCAGUCCAUGGUCGAAGAAAGUGAAAGGAGUGAACUUUCUCGCAUCACGUUUGUCUUUGAGACCACGUGCACUGCUGACUGCAAGUUUUACUUCCUGGCGCAGGGGUAUAACCACUGGAAUAAUGAUGUGGUGGAGCAGUGGAAAGGCAGCAACAGUAAACAGUCAUACUCCUACCUGAUCCAGAGAAACAGCACCGCCAGCUUCACCUGGACUUUCCAACGAUCAGAGGAACCUAACACAGAGAGAAAAUACAGCGCUGAUGCUGCAAAGAUCUUCUCCAUCCACAUCACCAAUGUAAUUGGAGGUGUGGCCUCUCAGUGUCGCCGCUGUGCCCUGAGCUCCACUAAGGCCGGCUCCGCCUGUGUUCCCUGCCCACUGGGUCACUACAUGGUCAACGGGACUGGAGUCUGUAAGAGCUGCCCGGCGAACACCUUCAUCAGGGCCGAUCAGCCUGUCGGAGAGGCCGCUUGUGUUGAGUGUGGACCAAACACACAGAGAAACCAGGCCUACACAGCUUGUUUCAGUGACUGUGCGUUGGAUGUGCAGACAAGAGGAGGCGUGCUGCUGCAUUAUAACUUCUCUCCUUUGUCCAACGUCACCGGCUUCCACAGCAGACCCAGUUUCACCAGCAAAGGCCUGAGAUAUUUCCAUCGCUUUAAUUUGGGUCUGUGUGGAAAAGAGGGCAGAGUACCGGCUACCUGUGUGGAAAAUGUCACAGAGAGUGGGAGAGAGGUCAAAGGUUACGUCUGUCAGUCCACUGCGGUUCCCUCUGACAUCAGGAGUCAGAGCAUGGUGUCCACCCAGCCUUUCAUCAUUGGUGACACACUCAUUGGUGUGACCACCGACACGAGCCUCAACAGCAUCUCAUCUCCAAAAUGGCUGUUUCCCUCUGCGUCCAACCUACCAGAUGUCAUCUUCUAUUACAAGUCCAGUGAGACGACUCAGGCUUGUAAACAAGGCCGGUCAGCCACCAUCAGACUGAGAUGCAGCCCCUCAGUGACUGAUAAAGACCAUAUCACACUGCCAAGCAACUGUUCAGAAGGGACUUGUGAUGGUUGUACUUUCCACUUUCUGUGGCAGAGCCAGCAUGCAUGUCCAGUCUGCACCAAAAACAACUACAAAGAGAUUGUCAGUGCUUGCAUCCAGGGAAUACAGAAAACCACCUAUAUGUGGCAGCAGCCAUUGCAGUGUUAUGGAGGCGAGUCACUUCCAGCGCAAAAGGUCAGCGCUUGUGUGAGUCUGGAUUUCUGGCUCAAGUUUGGGGUUUCCGCGGGAACGAUCGGUGCUGUGCUGCUCAUCUCUAUCAGCUGCUAUUUCUGGAAAAAGACACGCAAGUUGCAGUAUAAGUACUCCAAGCUGAUGGUAAGCUCUGGGGGUAAUGAGUGUGAGCUGCCCACUGCAGACAGCUGUGCAAUAAUGGAGGGAGAGGACGCAGAGGACGAGAUCAUGGACCUCACCAAGAAAUCCUUCUUCACCAAAAUGAGGCCCUUCUCCCGAGAGAGGACAUCAGAUGGAUUUGACUCAGUUCCACUAAAAUCGUCAUCUUUAUACAAUCAUAGAGAGGAGGAAGACUCUGAUGAUGAUUAAUUCAGAAGAUGAACAGAUGCUUCUACCAGAGUGCAAACACACACAGCUCCAGACACAGAAAACAGACAUGGGUGGUUAAAUGCAUUUUAUUUAUUACAAAAGAUACAGGCUUACUGUGAGAGUUUUAAAACAAUAAUAUUAAGAUCAUCCAUUUUUUAUUAUUAUUUGUCAUACGUGAGUUUGCCAGACCUGUAAUAGAAAGUCUCCAUAUUGGGGAUAUUCUGUAUUUUCAAAGCCCAUCGUGUAUUUAAAAAUGAUAUGAUAACCAAACUGUGUAGUAAGUUACAAUUGUUGUAGAUGUGUAAGGCUUUCUACAUUUAACACAACUGUGAAUGUAUAUUUUAUUUCUUUUCUACUUUCUUUUGUUAUUGUUAUUAUGCUAUUCUGUUUAUUGUUAUCAGACCAGCCAUCAAGUUCAGUCUUAAAUUUUUUUAGCAAUAUUGUAUUAUAUUGUAUUAUAUUUGCUACCACCUUUGAUAACCUGCUGCAUGUAAGCUUAUGAUAGAAUCUUGCUUUAUUGUGAAAUAAAGAAAUUUUCUACAAUAAAAAAACAACACAUUUUAUAAAUUAAGCGAAAC